CCUUGCAAUCAGGCACUGCGCUGACCCGCUAUGAGCCUGUGCCUGCUGGGGUCCUGCCUCCGGAGCCCGUGCGGGGAUGUCUCGGAGACCCCGCGCUGACUGCUGCUCAAACAUCACGUUGACAUGGAUGAUGAAGAUGGCCGGUGCUUGCUAGAUGUAAUUUGUGAUCCUCAGGCCUUGAACGAUUUUUUACAUGGAUCCGAAAAGAUUGACAGUGAUGAUCUCCUGGACAACACGGGAGAUGGAGCCAGUGCCUUCUUUGAAGGUGCUGGGCUGCAUGUACAAGAAUCCUCUGGCAAUCAUCUGAACGCCGAACAGAACCAGCCCACAACCAGCGUUGACCUAGACUUCUUGGAAGAUGACAUCCUGGGUUCACCCUCGGGGGGCGGGGCCAAACUGCAGAACUCGGACCAGCCCUGUGACAUUCUCCAGCAGAGCCUCCAGGAGGCAAACAUCACGGAACAGACUCUGGAGGCUGAGGCGGAGCUGGACCUGGGCUCUUUCCAGCUCCCAACGCUCCAGCCGGUGGUCCACACCGCCUCCGAUGGCACCCCGCAGAUUUUCUCUAGUGGGGCGGACCUUCUUGGGCUGCAGCAGCCGGCAGUCCUCACCCACCAAGCGCUGGUGCAGCAGUCAGUGGGGGCAGACGUGGUCAACAAAGCCAUCAGCGUACAGCCUUUUCUCCAACCGGUCGGCCUGGGGAACGUCACCAUACAGCCCAUCUCCAACCUUCAGGGCUUGCCCAACGGGAGCCCCAGCGGGACACUGGGCAUCGGGCAGAUUCAGGUGGUUGGCCAGCAAGUGAUGGCGAUCAACCAGCCUGCUCAGCAGAUCAUCGCCAAGCAAGUCCAGCCAUCCCAGGUGGCCGCCAUGCCAGUCGGGAGUUACAUUGCUCAGACGGCAGCGGAGCAGCAGCAGGUCACUCUCGCCUCGGCCGGGGUGUCUCCCCAGAAUGCAGGCCUCGUCAUCCAAAAGAACCUCCCAGCGGUGUCCACAACAACGCUGAACGGAAGCUCCAUGUUCGGGAGCGUGUCUGCAACGCAGGGCUCCCAGCCGCUGACUGUCACGUCCAAUUUGAGCAGCCCACUGAUGCAAGCCCAGAAUGUGAUCAUCCACCGGACGCCCACACCGAUUCAACCCAAGCCCGCGGGAGUCCUGCAGCAGAAGGUGUACCAGAUCACCCCCAAGCCCUUUGGCCCCAACAACACCGCCCUCACUAUCCAGAACGAGGCCGCCCUGCAGCAGCAGAAAGCCCAGCAAAACCUAAACUUCAUGGCAGGCAAGGCUGGGCAGAAUGUGGUCCUGUCUGCCUUCCCGCCGGGGCUGCCGGCCAACAUGUUCAAACAGCCCCCACCGCAGCAGCAGGCCCUCAGCAAGCCCAUGAGUGUCCACUUACUGAACCAAGGGAGCAGCAUCGUCAUCCCGGCCCAGCACGUGCCCCAGGCCAUGCUGCAGGGUCAGAACCAGUUUCUUCUUCCGGGGCAGCUGACCGGCACGUCUGCAGUCCAGAUUCCCCAGCAGCUCUCUGCUCUCCAGGCUAACAUGGGGGGCCAGAUAUUAACCACCUCCCACCCUAGCGGACAAACCCAUAUCAUUACUAGCCAAGGGCCUGGGCAGCUGAUAACGAAUCAGGCGCUGCCUGCCCAAAUCCUCACCAAUCAGAACCUGGCAAGCCAGCUCAACUUAGGGCAGGUACUGACCUCCCAGAAUGCCCAUGGCACAGCCCACAUCCUUUCUGCUCCUAUCCAGCUGCAGCCCGGGCAGGUCGGCCAGCCCACUCUCUUCCAGAUGCCCGUCUCUCUGGCCGGUAGCUUGACGACUCAGAGCCAGACGACUGUGGCGGCCUCCUUGGCCGGUGGGGCCAUCAACCAGACCGGCCAGACUGUUAUCCAGGGGGUCACCCUGCCAAACCAGGUGGCGAUGCUAAACGCCGCCGAGAACCUCAACCAAGCCGUGGCCAUCCAAGCGCCGGCCAGUGCCAGCAGACAGAGCCCCGGCCUCAUUCGGCCACAGUCAGCCUCCAGCACCAACUUGCUGCCGAGCGGCGACCAGCCCAGCAUAUUGACCGUCCAGUCUGCCCCCCAGGCCUCCGCCCCUCCCCAGCUUCAGCUAAAUGUGCAGCAGCAAACUCCACCCCCUCAGCAGCCAGCGCAGUUGCCCGUGAGUGCGCAGCCCAGCCCUAACUUGGUGGCAUCUAGUCCAGAAAAGAUUGUUUUGGGCCAGGCAGCAGCUGGAACCGUUGUCUCCCAGGAUUCCAUGCAGAUGUUCCUGCAACAGAAGGAUCGGAGCCAGCAGCAGCAGUUUUAUUCGCCAGCUCUGAAACUGCAGCAGGAGAGCAGUUUGGCCGAAUCCACAAUACCGCCCCACCUACCAAUGCCUCUGCCCAUCUACAGCAUAGCCACCACCGCCCUCAGCACCACCAGCAGUGUCCCGGCCUCAGUGAUUGUGAGCAGCAGCGUAGGCGCCUCCCUGCAGCCGCCUGCCAGCCGAGAGCUCAGCCAGAGCCACAACCUGCCACCUGCGGAUUCCAAAGUACCUCAGUUCUCUGCUGGCCCUCCCCAGCAGACACUGGCUUGCCAGUUGCCUUCAGGGCAGCAGAAACUUCCUGGAGCCUCCCCGUCCCACUCGCUACCUCAUCCUUCCAUGGGGGAGAGCCCCCAGCUCCAGCCCACACACCUCUCCCAGAUGCAGUCCCCCCACCAGUCCCGUCCUCCAUCGCAGCCUCAGCCUCUCUCACGGCCACCCUCCCGGCCUCACUCAAGGCCUCCUUCCCAACCGCAGACGCUCUCCCGACCCCCUUCAGAGCCCUUGUCACGGUCCUGCACCCCCCAGACGCAGAUGCCGAACUUGUACGUGAUCCAGAAUCAAAUUGCGUCCUCCCCUCAUGGCCCCGGCCAGCACCCCUUGCGGCCCCCCUCGCAGCCUCAGGUCCCCUUCCAAGCACCCCAGGCCCAGCCGGAGGGGCAGCCUCAGCUGGCGACCCCUCCACACCUGCAGCUACAGGUUCAGCUGGCAACUCAGCUCCAGCCACAGGCCGAUGCCCAGGCCCGGCUGCAGCCCCAGAUCCAGGCUCCGUCAGAAGUGCAGCACACCCACUCUCCCCAUUUCCAACUUCAGUUCCCUGCCCAGGGUCCCCUCAAGCCUCCCACCCCCACCCAGGCUCUUCACCUCACACCGGAGCAACAGAGGAGUUUCCAGAUGGUUCCGAACCAGUUCCCAGCUCUCUCUGCCAUUCCGGCAUCCAUACCUCAGCAGAAGCAGCUCAUGGACCGGUUCCAGCAGGUGCCCCAGGGGAUUAUCCUGCAAACGAAGCAGCCCACUUCCACUAGUCAAGCGCCACCCGUGUUAGCCCAAUUCAGCAGCCAGCCCUCUUCCGUCUUGGUCAGCAGCCAAGGGCAGCCAGUCACGGUGACGGCAGCUCAAGUGCCACAGGUCCACGGCCACGCACCUGUGCCUGCCACAGUCCAGCCUUCCACUAUGGGUUCAAACAAGGUAGCUUCCGUGCUCGAAAAGGGCCAGCUGCAGAGAGGAGGAGGAGGAGGGCAGCCUGCGGCAUUGCUCCAGCAGCAGACACCUGUGUUGGUCAAAUCAGCAACCACCCCCAUUACUGCUGCAGCUCCUGCAGAGAGCAAAACCUUUUCCAGUGGCUCCACAGCUCUUUCUGGCGGAAAAGCAUCCACCGGGCAAGGAAAACCCGCAGUCCCUCCGGCCAUACAGCAGCCAGUUCAGACCAAGCCUGGAGUCAUCAGCUCCGUGUCUGGCCUGAACAUUGGGAAAGGCCCACUGCAGCUCCAGGUACUUGGAAAGGGCUUGCCACAACUCAUGCCUUCAGCCCCUGCCCAAAUCCAGCAGCAGUAUGAUAGCAAGCUUGGAAGCAUGAAAAAGGCCCCCAUACUUCAGCCCAGCAAGGAAGCUAGCUUCUUGGAACAGCUGCAUAAACACCAGGGGGCAGUGCUACACCCUGAUUACAAAACCUCAUUCCGGUCUUUUGAAGAUGCCUUGCAGAGGCUCCUGCCCUACCACGUCUACCAGGGAACGCUGCCAUCUCCUCAUGACUACCGGAAAGUAGAUGAAGAGUUUGAAAUGGUGUCCACACAACUAUUAAAACGCACACAAGCCAUGCUGAACAAAUACCGUCUGCUGCUCUUGGAGGAAUCCCGGCGAGUCAGUCCUUCAGCAGAAAUGGUAAUGAUUGACCGGAUGUUCAUACAGGAAGAAAAGACCACCUUGUCUCUCGAUAAACAGCUAGCAAAGGAGAAGCCGGAUGAGUACGUCUCCUCGUCUUCGCGCUCCCAGAGCUUUGCUUCUCUGGCUCAGGGCUGCGUGCCCAGCAGUGUGGCUUUGGCUUCUGAGAACCUGAAAGCCCCUCCGGUGCAGAUGGCAACCCAGAUCAACCCCACCAAACUGGUCAUCAAGCACAGCGGAGGCUCACCUUCGGUCACAUGGGCUAAAGCUUCUCCUGCCUUGGAUGGUGAUGAUGACGCCUUGCCCUCCAGGAGCAAACCGCCCAUCAAAACCUAUGAAGCCCGCAGUCGGAUUGGCCUGAAGCUGAAGAUUAAGCAGGAGGCGGGGCUCAGCAAAGUGGUUCACAACACUGCCUUGGACCCGGUUCAUCAGACGACGACGCCCGUGUGCACGGUGAUCAAAACAGCUGACCAGCACUUGUCUGCUUCGGCUGUUGCUGCCGCCGCCACCACCACCACCACCUCCUCCUCAAUUGCAGGGCAAAUGAACGGGACAGUCGACCACGUCACUGCAGCGCCAACGGAGAAAAAGCCCUUGGCGACCUACUGCAGGCUUCCCCUCCGCAAGACUUACCGGGAGAAUGUAGAUGCUUUUGUAGCAGACAAAGCCCCUGACGCUUGCUUGAAAGGGGCUACCCCAAAAGCGGAUAUGGUGCCAAGCACCCUCAUCAUCAAGCAGGACGGUGGCUCCAGGAGCGUUAUCACCUCCCACAAAACUCAUGAGAGCCCUUCUGGGGCCGUGGCAGAGAAGGGCAGGUCAGAGGAGAAUACCAAGCAUACUUUUUUCAACCGGAGUGAUGCCCGUUCCUUAGUGAUGCAAGAGAGCCCUGCCCCUCCUAAGACCGACGAUUCAACCAGUGGCCUUAUGAAGGAACUAGCAGAGGUUGAGGAUGAGUUUUAUCACCGAAUGAUAAAGACUGAGCCCCCGGACCACGGCUCUGCCUCCGAACUCACGUGGGAGGUUCCCCUGCCCCCAGCCAAACGUAGGAAAUCAGAGUCUUUUGACGUAGAUAACGCUAGCUUCUCCAGUGACAGCCCCCAGGAUGACUCCCUUAAUGAGCAUCUGCAGAGCGCCAUCGACAGCAUCCUCAACUUGCAGCAACCUCAGGUUGGGGGCCAGAACACCCGGACACCCUCCUCCUCGUACAACUCCUCCUCCUCCCCUUUCUCAUCACCCACCCACCGCACGGACACUUACCUUGCCCCUAAUCACAAUGGUGGCCUUGGAGCAAGGACGUUGAACAGAUAACAGGAAACUAAACCAUGCAGAGACUGUAUAAAGUGAGCCAAGGACCGAAGCUGUAGCAGCUUCCGCUGGCUGGGAAACGGUUGGAAGCUAAGGUGCCACUUCCCAGAAACCCAAUGGAUUGGGCCUGACACCAGAAGGAAAAAGCUGGGGGGGGUCUGGGGUGGGAAGAUGAUGUUCAAAUGAGGCUUCAUCCAUUCAAGUGUUUAUAUGAUGGGUUUUGGUUGUUUGUAAAGUACAAGCUGUGGCUGGACUUACAAUACACUUGUCUCAUCACAUGCACCAUUUUUUUUAAAAAAAAUGCAGCAAAUGCAAAGCAGAGAGGCAAGUGGGAGGGGGUUGGAUUUGGGGGCCCAUAGGUAGUGUUGGCUGUGUAAUAUUUAGAUUCUGUAACAAACUGCUAAUUUGAAUCUCUGAAUGAU